AUGGGUAAAUUAUUGGCGGAUCAGAUUUCCGACAUUGCCAUUAAACCUGUUAAUGAAGACUUUGAUAUUGAAGAUGAGGAAAAUGCGUCCUUAUUUCAGCACAACGAAAAAGGUGGAGAGAGCGAUUUUAGCGACAACGAAGAUGUCAACACAGAACAGGCCAAGAAGUCACAUUACUUGGAGGUAGAAAAGUCUAAGCUGAGAGCAGAAAAGGGUUUGGAACUAAACGACUCGAAAUAUACAGGUGUUAAAGGCUCUAGACAAGCACUGUAUAAUGAAUUUUCGGAUGAUGAGGAAGAUGAGAAUGAGAAAAGUCAAGAAGAAGAGAAUAAUGACGGUGAAGACGAUGAUGCCCUGUCGUUUAGAACAGAUUCCGACGAUGAGCAAGCAGAAGAUGAAGAAAAGUCAGAUAGCGACGGCGAUGAGAUGGAAGAGGCUCAACAGAAAAGAAAUGCUCUAUCCAAACUAGUUCAACAAGAGACAAAACGAGCCAUUAAUAAACUAUCUCAAUCAGUUCAGAAAGAUGCUUCAAAAGGUUAUUCAAUUUUACAACAAACGAAACUAUUUGACAACAUCAUUGAUUUGAGAAUAAAACUACAAAAAGCUGUGAUUGCUGCAAAUAGGCUUCCUUUAACCACAGAAUCCUGGAAAGAGGCUAGAAUGGACAACUCAAGGGAAACAAAGCAUUUACUGAAGGAAAACGAAAAGCUAUUCAAUAAACUAUUUAACCAGUUGAUAAAUUUUAGGAUAAAAUUUCAAAUUGGUGAUCAUAUCGCCCAAAGUGAAGAAAAGGCAAAGCAUAAAAUAUCUAAUAAAAGAUCCGUCAAAGAACUCUACAAAGAGACCGAUACUCUAGACUCGGAGCUAAAAGAGUAUAGAAACGCUGUGUUGAACAAAUGGUCUACCAAGGUCUCUUCUGCAUCGGGAAAUUCUGCUUUAUCGUCGAACAAAUUCAAGGCCAUCAAUUUAUCUGCAGAUGUGCAAGUAGAAAACCAAUUAUCUGACAUGUCCCGUUUGAUGAAAAGAACGAAAUUGAACAGAAGGAACAUAGCGCCCUUGUAUUUCCAAAAAGAUUGGGCCAGUGGUAAGUUGCCAGAAUUAGCCUCUCCAAAUGCAAAAGAAGAAGAAGAAGAAGAUAUUGAUGACAACCUACUGGAUGACGGGCUUGAUAUUCCAAAGAACUACGAUCCAAGAAGAAAAGAUAAUAAUGCCAUUGAUACCAUCGAAAAUCCCUAUGUUUUCGAUGACGAGGAUUUCUAUCGUGUCUUACUGAAUGAUUUAAUUGACAAGAAGAUUUCGAACGCCCACAAUUCUGAAAGCGCAGCAAUUACAAUUACUUCGGCGGGUUCUCGUUCAAAUAACAAACUAAAGAAAAACAUCGAUACAAAGGCUUCCAAGGGUAGAAAAUUGAACUACUCAAUCCAGGAUCCCAUUGCUAAUUAUGAAGCUUCUAUAAUAUCCGGCUACAAAUGGUCGGAUGACCAAAUCGAUGAGUUUUUCGCGGGACUACUAGGUCAAAGAGUAAACUUUAAUGAAAAUGAAGAUGAGCACCAACACGCUGGAGAAGACGACAAUGGAGAUUUAGAAGCUGUCAAGAACGACGACAUUCAAAUUUUUGGUUAA